AUGUCUCGAUUCGCCGCUGGGUUGGACCUGGUGACUGAUCCCAGCGACUUCAACCUAUCGCGGCUUCCUCAGCUAUCCCAGUUCGAUGCCCUUGCCCGAUGCUACAUUUGUAAGGAGCUUUUUCGAGGUCCUGUGGUCACCAGUUGUAAUCAUACCUUCUGUUCCCAGUGCAUCCGCCAGCACCUCAUGGCCGAAAGCAAGUGUCCAUUGUGCAAACUGGAAGUGUACGAGUCUCAGUUAAGACGUGAUAUUGUGUUUGACGAGUUGGUCGACAUGUAUCGCCUGCUUAGACCGCGUUUACUAGAGUUGCUCAUUGGAGACGAGGAAGUCACGGAAACUAAAAUAACGACAAACCACCAGGACCAACAUCUACUGGAUGAUUCGAUUGAAGUGGUGGGUGAGCUAAAGAAACGACAUGUUGAUUCAAGUGAUGACGUCGAAGUGAUCGGUGAAACUCUGCAGUGUCCAGUAUGUCAGCGAUCGAUGCCAGCAGAUUUCAUCUCACUGAAGCAUCUAGACAUGUGUCUUCGGGGACUCGGAGACCAGGCUCUUCCCAAACCUUCGGCAAAGCGAGCAAAGACUAGUCGAGGUUCGAUCCUGACAUUCUUCCAACAGAGUCGUACGCCACCGCCAACAAGGGCAACCGACUCUUCCCGCGAAGCUACCAACUCCCCUGGGAGUGAUGAUCGCGCUGAGCGGUUUAUCCUUCAGGCGGCACAGCAUAAUGUGAACGACUCGAAACGACUUCAUAAACUCGAUUUCAGCUCCACCAGCACCCCCCGUUUAAAAGAACGCCUAGCUCAGUUGAAACUCCCUACGCUGGGAACUAGGAACCAAUUGGAACUUCGCUAUAACCAAUAUCAUGUGUUGUAUAAUGCCAACCUCGAUGCGAUUCAUCCCCAAGAUGAUAGAGUGUUACGGCAUCAGCUCCGCCAAUGGGAACAAUCGCAUCUGGCGUUUCUGACAUCUAACACUACGCUAUUUGAUUCGCAUAAUCUGCUGCUAAGCCAUCGUAACAUCACAGAUAAGAACUUUCUGGCAACCGAGUGGAUGCGUGCCUAUAAUGAUGAGUUCCGUGAGUUAGAACAAGCCGCCCGCAAACUGAUGAAAAACCAAACUACCCUGCCAUCAACUGAAGGUGAACAAAAUAGUGCAUCUAACGCCGUCUCAGAAACUAUCGCGGAACCUAAAUCCGCGGCAUUGCCCGAUCCACCACAGUAG